AUCGUGUCACAAAGAACGGGGAGACACUCCGACGACACGGAGAAUCUGCUAAGAGGUGGCGGAUCCUCAAGGAGCGAAUGGCCAAGACGGAGAAAGAGAUGGAAGUCGUCCGAAAGAUCCUCACGGGUGGUGAUGUAACUCGAAGCGAAACAAGUUCCACAGCAAAUGGGUCGUGCACCGAGCCGAGCAACAAGUUCUACGAGCACUCUUUCGCGGAGCAUAUCACCACUGAGGAAAUUUGCAAGGAAGAUCGCCGGUCAUGUACGGUCGCCUCCGGUCCCCGUCACUCCCUUGCCUGUAUCACGAGAAUUGUCUUCGGUGUCAAGAGACUCUUCACAAUCACAGGCUCAACAAAGGUAGAGGGACCGGAUCUUGCGGCGACCAUCAAGCCCACUCCUCCAAGGCGGCCAAACGCAAAGUCUGUCCUCACCCCAGAAUAUGCCCCUCUCGUGCCGAGCACGCCUUCACGAAGGAGCCUCAGCCGCAGUUCAAAUGCGUCUUCACGGCCUUGGUCUCCUGUAACUUCAUCUGCAUCCACAAACCCUUCUAUACCUCCUCUUCCACCUCUACGUCCACCAUCACGAGCUCAAACGCCCAGCCUUGGGACGACACCACGCCCACGGCCCAAGACCCCGAGUCAAAUUCCAGCCCCUGCGUUACACUGGCGCCCCGUAUCUAUGCGGCAGCCUGAUACUGACGACGAAGAAGAGCUCACAACUCUUAUGCAGCGUGCAUUUUCCCCUCCGCAUACCAAUACAUCUCCCAGCACUUUCCGUUCACAUACCCAGAGCGGCGUACGCAUACCCCCACCACGCCCUCCAAGCCGGUCACAGAUACCCCUUCCCAGCGUGCACGUCUCCUCCGAGUCGCGUCCCUCAUCAACGAUGUCCUUCUACCGCCCCCAAAGCCCGCUCACCCCAGGAUCUCUCCUCAGGGCACAGACGCCCGAUUCGCAAUUGAAAGCAAAAGCUCAACAGGUCCCGUUUUACGGGGGCGCAGGAAACAGCGGGAUACGUGCAUCUGCACGGCAGACUGUCGCGGGGAAGCUCCCUCCUUCGUCGUUCCGCGAUUCGUCGACGACUCGGACGCCCAACUCGCGUCCGGGGUCGCGGUCAGGGUCGUACACACCCAUGGAGCGCGACCCGUUGCACUCGUAUGUCCCCGCAAGUGACAAGGACCCACUUGACAUGGAGGUGGCGGCGAUCGUGAAUGCGAUUCCGCACGGGCUGCUGGUUGAGCGUGUAGAUCCCCCGCUCAAGUUUGAGCCGGAAAGUGGUAACUUGCAAGCUGACGACGCUGACGCGCUCUGGGGCAAGGGGGGGCGGGAUGUCGAAGAAGGUUGCUGGCAAGAUUUGCAGCUCUACAUGCUCAACCGUCAGGCAGGCAUGUAG